UCUCUCUCUCUCUCUGUUUACUAAACCGCCAUUAUCAAGAAAGAUUCGCCGCAAGAAAACAUGUCUCCGGCGAAGAAGAGCCGAAGUUUUCCUCCGAUAAGCGAGUGUAAAAGCAGAGAGUAUAAUUCGAUCGCUGCGGAUCUCGACGGGACUCUGCUUCUCUCAAGAAGCUCUUUCCCUUACUUCAUGCUCGUCGCCAUUGAAGCAGGUAGUCUCUUCCGUGGAUUGAUCCUUCUUCUUUCUCUUCCCAUCGUCAUCAUCGCUUAUCUCUUCGUCUCCGAAUCUCUCGGAAUCCAAAUCCUUAUCUACAUCUCCUUCGCCGGUAUCAAAAUCAAGAACAUCGAACUCGUCUCUCGUGCCGUUCUUCCACGGUUUUACGCGGCGGAUGUGAGGAAAGAUAGUUUUGAGGUGUUUGAUAAAUGCAAGAGGAAAGUGGUGGUUACUGCGAAUCCGAUAGUGAUGGUUGAGCCAUUCGUCAAGGACUAUUUGGGAGGUGAUAAAGUUUUGGGAACAGAGAUUGAAGUUAACCCCAAAACCAUGAAAGCUACUGGUUUUGUUAAAAAGCCUGGUGUUCUUGUUGGUGAUUUGAAGAGAUUAGCCAUCUUGAAAGAGUUCGGCGAAGAAUCACCUGAUCUUGGACUCGGUGACCGGACCUCCGAUCACGAUUUCAUGUCCAUUUGCAAGGAAGGUUACAUGGUGCAUGAGACCAAAUCAGCCACAACAAUCCCUAUAGAGAGUCUCAAGAACCGCAUAAUCUUCCACGAUGGCCGUCUUGUCCAACGUCCGACGCCGUUAAACGCCUUAAUCAUUUACCUUUGGCUUCCUUUCGGCUUCAUGCUCUCUAUCUUCCGCGUCUACUUUAACCUUCCUUUACCCGAACGCUUCGUUCGCUACACUUACGAGAUCCUCGGCAUUCACCUCACAAUCCGUGGCCACCGUCCUCCCCCUCCUUCCCCCGGCAAACCUGGAAACCUUUACGUCCUUAACCACCGCACCGCCCUUGACCCCAUUAUCAUCGCCAUUGCUCUCGGCCGUAAGAUCACAUGUGUCACUUAUAGUGUCUCUCGCCUCUCCCUGAUGCUCUCACCCAUCCCUGCUGUUGCUUUGACCCGAGACCGUGUCGCUGAUGCAGCCCGCAUGAGACAACUCCUCGAGAAAGGUGAUUUGGUGAUCUGUCCUGAAGGCACAACGUGUAGAGAACCAUAUCUACUAAGAUUCAGUGCUCUAUUUGCGGAGCUGAGCGACCGGAUCGUGCCUGUGGCCAUGAACUGCAAGCAAGGGAUGUUCAACGGGACGACCGUUAGAGGUGUGAAAUUCUGGGAUCCGUACUUCUUCUUCAUGAACCCUCGACCUAGCUACGAGGCCACUUUCUUGGACCGUUUGCCCGAAGAAAUGACGGUAAACGGUGGUGGCAAGACUCCUUUUGAGGUGGCUAAUUACGUUCAGAAGGUGAUCGGUGGAGUUUUGGGGUUCGAAUGCACUGAACUUACAAGGAAGGAUAAGUAUCUGUUGCUUGGAGGCAACGACGGAAAGGUUGAGUCUAUUAAUAAGACCAAGUCCAUGGACUAAUAAUCCUGCUAGUUACUGGUUGCUGCUAUUUUGCUUGGGAGUGAAGUUAGGUCUUUCUGGUUUUCCCAAUUACUUUUUUUUCAUGUGUUGUUCGAGGAAAAGGUUUUGUUGAAUAUGCACCGGAUAAUGAAAUUACAUUUGAAAC